UUCGUCCUCUACUUGGAAUUACAUUCCAUUUCGUGGUCGCUUGUCUGUAUUUUGGUGUUAGAAAUUUUAUAACUAUUUUUUUCUUCGUAGUGUACAUAAGUGGUAAAUUUUAACAAGUAUUUAUUAAUGCAUGAACGACUGCAUUGCGCGGUUUUCAAAACAUAAACCCCCUGCCCAGCAUUAAGACAUGAAUAACGAAAAUAUACUUCAAGUGGGAUCAAGUAUUAACAUCAAACGAACCGAUGGACGAAUCCAUACGGCUUAUGUGGCUCGUAUUAACUAUGAUCUCAAAAGCGCAACAGUGGAGUGGUUCGAGAAUGGCGAAACGAAAGGAAAAGAAGUUGACAUGGAUUCGAUAGAAUCUCUAAAUCCUGAAAUGACACUACUUCGACCUAGUGAUCCGGAGCCCAGCUCGUCUCAUUCUCAAGUGGAAAUGAACCAGCUGCAAAGGGAUUCAUCUGCUUCUUCAGAAGAAGAAACUAGUGCUGCAAUGGCGCGAUCAGGUCGUUAUAGUCAUAAACUUGACGAGAGUGACGAUGAUUUUAAUAGUAACCAGCUUUCACCAGACACUGCAACUUUAUCGAAUCCAACUAAAGCUUCUUUGGCCACUAUUACUAAUAAAAAUACCAACGGUGCAAUAAGUGCUGCUCACUCCAACCACAGACAAACCCUCUCUGUUCAUACAAACGGCCACACACAGACGGUAGCUGCAACUGCGAAUGAUACAUCUCGACAAUCUCAGAAUCCAAAAUGUAGUAGUGUAGUAAAACAGAUAGAGAAAUUGAAAAAAAAUCGUGAGGAGAGGAGGCAACGGCAAGCAGAGGAAAAGGCAGAGAAGGAAGCUUUUUUACAAAUGGCCCCUGGAAAUCCCCACUGGGAGUUGCUGAAUAUGAUUUUAGAUUAUCGCCGUGGUCUUGAUAUAAGACCAUUAACGGAAAAUGAUGCCAUUGAAGAUCACCUAAUCACAGUGUGUGUUCGAAAAAGGCCUUUAAAUAAAAGAGAAUCGGUCCGGAAGGAGGUUGACGUAAUCACGAUACCCUCAAAAAAUCAACUUAUUGUGCACGAACCGAGAAACAAAGUUGAUCUCACAAAGUAUUUGGAAAACCAAUUGUUUAGAUUUGAUUACGCCUUCGAUGAAACGUGUUCUAACGACAUUGUUUAUAAAUACACUGCUCAACCGUUAAUCAAGACAAUUUUUGAGGGCGGUUUUGCCACAUGUUUUGCUUAUGGGCAGACCGGCUCCGGAAAGACGCACACCAUGGGAGGGAAUUUUAAUGGUAGAAAUCAAGACUGUCAAAAGGGGAUUUACGCGAUGGCGGCGGCCGACGUAUUUCAACUGGCGAAAUCGCCUAAAUAUAGGCAUUUAGAUAUGAUCGUGUCAUCGAGCUUUUUCGAAAUUUACUCCGGAAAAGUCUUUGACCUUUUAGCCAACAAAGCAAAACUUCGAAUAUUGGAAGACGGAAAGCAACAGGUGCAAGUGGUUGGUCUUACCGAAAAAGUUGUCACAUCCGUACAAGAAGUGUUGAAAUUAAUUCAAAAGGGAAAUUUGGCCAGGACCUCUGGACAAACUUCAGCGAACGUCAACUCUUCUCGGUCGCAUGCCAUCUUUCAAAUACUUCUACGAAUAAGUAACACUAUUCAUAAAGUGUACGGAAAGUUUUCUCUCAUCGAUUUGGCCGGUAAUGAGAGGGGUGCUGAUACAUCGUCUGCCGAUAGACAAACCAGAAUGGAAGGAGCAGAAAUAAAUAAAUCACUCCUCGCCUUAAAAGAGUGCAUAAGAGCUUUGGGUCGUAAAGGAUCUCAUUUACCAUUCCGAGUUAGUAAAUUAACUCAAGUACUGAGAGAUUCCUUUGUCGGUCCAAAUUCGAAAACGUGCAUGAUUGCCAUGAUCUCGCCAGGUGUGUCCUCUUGCGAACAUUCGUUAAAUACGCUACGAUACGCGGAUAGAGUGAAAGAAUUGGGCGGCGGUGACCUACAGACUACCCCUUGUGAAGAGGAAUUUGAUAACGAAGAACCUGAUGACGGAGCAUUGAUACAACUUAGAUCGUUAAACGAAAAUGACAUGAGUCCUGAAAUGUUAAACUUCCAUCAAAUGAUAUCGGAAAUACAAAUCGCCGAAGACACUAUGUUAGAUGUUCAUAAACAAACGUUAGAAAAUUUUCUUCCUGUUAUAAUUGAGAAAGGGAAUAAAUAUCUCAAAAUGGCCGAUGACGUUGCGUUUGAUCAAGAAGCAUACUGUGCUGCGUGGGAAGAACUAAUUAUAAAUUCUAUGCAUGGACUGACAAGAGCGCGAGAGGUUAUCACCAAUCUUAGAAGUAAAAUGGCAGACGAAGAACAGCUUAGUCGCAAAACCAAAAGAAAAUAAUGUAAUUUGCUACCUUUAAAAUUUUUUUAUGAACCAAUGUGUAAUAACACAGUAUUAUUGUAAAAGUUGUGAAUUGUGCCAUGAUCUGGUAGUAAGUGUUUUAAUUUUAUUUACUAAUGUAUAGGCGAUUGGCUAUUAUGCUUACAAAAUAAGUGCCUUGCUGCCGUUUUAAUAACUUUUAUUUUAUAAUUGUAUGUAGCGCGUAAAAAAUUUUAAUUUCUCCCAUUAUGUGAGCGGUACUUAAUACCAUAUCAUGGUACAGACAAAUCUUUGUUCUGUAAGAUCUUCAAAUUUUAAUUAUUAAUUAUUUAUUGUAUUUUAUAUGGCCAAUUUUUGGAGUUAACAUUCCUAAUUAAUAUACUGUAAAAAUGAUGUUCCAUUUUAGCUGGCAUUGAGCCUUACACCAGUCAUACCCUACUUAGUUUUGUAGUAAUAAUUAGGCUGUGCUAAUUGUUUUACGAUAAAUGCUGGCUCGUUUGUUUAAUUAUGCUUAGAUAUUUAAGGAAAUUAACUGUUUCAUUUCUGUAACAGAUUUUCCAAUGAGCAACUUAUGCUUAAUUUUAUAUGAAAAUAAAAGUUGUUUAUUGUAAAAUGUCA